AUGCACAUCCAGAGCCAAGUCCAGGAGCCAGAGCAAGAGUUGGUGCGCGAGCACGUCUAUGGCAUCGACGGCUCGAAACCGGGAUCGGUCCACCUCGUGGCAGGUGGCAGUCAGUGCGUUUACAUCGCUGCCAAGCUCUGCGUCAUUGAGGACUUGCUAAAGCCCCAGCAGAGAUAUUUCGAGGGUCACAAUGCUGACGUCUCCUGCCUGAACGUGGCGCCCAAGCUGGAUUUGGCCAUCAGCGGGCAGCAGGUGGGGGUAAGCGAUGCCAUGCAGCUAGGGAUCUGA